UGACGUCACGCCGAGGCGGUGCCGGCGCUCGGACGGACAGACGGGGGACGGACGGCGGGGAGCACUGCGCACGGGCUCCUAAGGAGGAGGACUGCGCCGGGCAGCAGCGGCAUGUUGGGUGACAGCGCGCGUGCCGGGAGCCUGUGAGCGCGGAGGGCGCUUGGCCCAAGUGGACGUCAGCCUGCCAGCAGGGCCACACAGGCGUUCGGGAUGGAAGCAGAAGGCUUGGACUGGCUUUUGGUCCCGCUGCACCAGCUGGUUUCCUGGGGGGCGGCUGGGGCCAUGGUCUUCGGAGGGGUGGUGCCGUACAUCCCGCAGUACAGGGACAUCCGGAGGACUCAGAACGCCGAGGGCUUCUCCACCUACGUGUGUCUGGUGCUCUUGGUGGCCAAUAUUUUACGGAUACUCUUCUGGUUUGGGAGGCACUUUGAGUCGCCGCUGCUCUGGCAGAGCGUGAUCAUGAUCCUGACCAUGCUGCUGAUGCUGAAGCUCUGCACUGAGGUCCGCACGGCCAACGAGCUGAACCUGAAACGCCGCGUCUUCGCAGCUGCAGAUAAUAAAGAUGAAGAAGUCAAAGCCCCCCCCAGGCGAUCAUAUCUGGACUUCGACCCGCACCACUUCUGGCACUGGAGCAGCUUCGGGGACUACGUGCAGUGCGUCCUGGCCUUCACUGGGGUGGCAGGCUACGUCACGUACCUGUCCAUCGACUCGGCCCUGUUUGUGGAGACCCUGGGCUUCCUGGCCGUGCUGACCGAGGCCAUGCUGGGCCUGCCGCAGCUCUACCGCAACCAGCGCCUCCGCUCCACCGAAGGCAUGAGCAUCAAGAUGGUCCUCAUGUGGACUAGUGGCGACACCUUCAAGACGGCGUACUUCCUGCUGAACGGGGCACCCCUGCAGUUCUCAGUGUGCGGCCUGCUGCAGGUGCUGGUGGACCUGGCCAUCCUGGGGCAGGCCUACGCGUUCGCCCGCCAUCCCCCAAAGCCGGCCCCCCACACGGCGCACCCUGCCAGCGCCAAGGCCCUCUGAGGCAGCCGGGGAGGAUGAGGACAUGGGACUGCUCGCUGCAGGCACCGGCCCAGCCACCUGUCCUCCCCGCGUGGGGCAGGCAGGCACCGCUGCGCCCUGAGAUGGUGUCCUGGCUGUCGGGCUCGCGCUCGGCCUCUGGGCUCCCGGGGGGGCUGGUGGGGGCCCGGGCACUGAUGUCUGUGCUUUCUCACCCCAGGACGCGUGCGAGCGGGUUGCACCCCUGGGCUCAAGGUGAUGGGAAAGCAAGUCUUCUCGCCCAUGUCCAUGCAAAGCAGCCCCGGCCCGGAGCCUGGAAGAGGCAGACCCGGGCUCUGCAGGACCAAGGGUGUUGGGAAAACUCGUGUCUCAGCCGCAGUGGACUGGACGUGGCUGGUGGAGCUUAGAAGGCCUGCAGCCCGGGCCCAGGGAUCCCUGACUCGGGCCAGACUUGGUGGGGGUGGGGUCGGAGUGAGAAGUGGUGCCCGGAGAAGCCUGCAUGCGGUUCCUGCUGUCUCAGAAUGGCCUGGGGGUGGGGCCCUGGUGCCCACGGGUGGCCGAGGGUCAGUCAUGGCAGGGAUGGGGUUUUGUGUGCGCCUGGCCCACGUGGAGAAGUGCUGGAGUAUGCUAAAGUUGUCACGUGUGCUCCUGUGUGUGUGGCCAGAGGUGGCCUUUCCAGGGUCACCUUCAGCACAGCUGCCUCACAGGACUGGAUCCCGGCUCAGCAGUGGGGCCCAGGGGCCUUGUUGCUACUCUGGGCUCCUCCUGCGAGAUGCUGGUGUGGACCCCACUGGGGCGAGGGGCAAGCCCUCAUCUGCCAAUGGGCCCUGGCCAGAGUGAGUGCUGGGGUGUUGGAACCAGGGCCUGGAGUUCUCCAUGAGUCCUGGGGGUGUCGGGGGGAUGCAGCAGCCCCUGUGGGCUCCUGGGAAGGCCGGGGGCCCAGGUCUGGGGCUGGGCAGACGCACUGGCCAUCCCUGUCAUUUUGGGAAUUGUGCACCUGCAGCACACAGCCUUAGACGUCCACUUCUAGGACCAGGGGGGCAGUGAGGCAGUGUCCCUGUGCUGUGCGGGGUGUCCCUGCUUCUAAUGUGGGUCCCCCCCCAACCCACACACACUCUGAGCUCUCAGGCCUGCACGGGGGCCCUGCCGCCGUCCUCCCGUCUACACAGACCUCAUGUCCGCUGCGUCUGGCUGUGGUGCGGCCGCUGUCUGACACUGGCCUCCCCCUUCAGUUACACGAGCAUCUCGCCUGCGCAGCAGCCCUGGGCCAGCUCUGGACCCCACAGGGCGAGUGUUCUAGAUGCUUCUGUGGGCUUCCCACAGGCAGUGCUUCCCCUUCUGCUGGGCGGAGGGUGGUUCUGCAGUGUCCACGCUGUCUGCGGCCAGCACCAAAGCUCUACCGUCUGCGGUGGCCAGUGGAAAACCUGCAUAGCUGUUUCUUCCUCUUGAGUUUUCCUCAAAAACUCCUGAAUGUUUGAGGGUCUUGCUCCAUUCUCUGGCCUGCAGGAUGCUUUGAAAAUGUUUACUUUUUAUAAAUGAAGGGAGAUGUCUGUAGCAGUAAUUGCCUCCAAAUUAAAACCUCACUGGCUUCCACCGUGA